AUGGACGCGUCACAAUUGCUCGACACCCGCUACAUUGGCAGCCGAUGCCCUAGCGGCUACAGCUACCGAAAUGGUUACUGCUACCGCAACAGCUGGUACAGCUGGGGUCGCUGGGUCCUCGUCGGCGUCCUCAUCUUUUUCGCUCUCAUCUUCCUCUUCCUCUGCAGCUGCUGCGCUCGUCGCCGCGCGCGCAAGGGCUCCAAGCCCAUGUAUGGUACCGGCUGGAUGGGCAACAAAUGGGGCGGCAAUAACAACAACCAAAACACCUACAACCAGGGUUACAAUCAGCAGCCCUACAAUCAGCAGCCCUACAACCAACCCUACGACUACAACCAGCAGCAGGGCUACCAGGCACCCCCCAACUACGGCAAUAGCCAGCAGCCCCAGAACACCGGCACCACCUUCAACCCCAACGAUGGCUACUACGGCAAUCAGCAGUACGGCGGUCCCCAGCAGCCUCAGAACACGUAUCAUCCCGACGGCGGUUCAUAUGAAUCCCAAGUUCAGGAGGACAAAGUGACAUGGUUCACUGGCAGCACCGUCUUCUUCACAUGCGACAUGCAUAACUCUGUCGACGUCGUCACACGGACUUUCAAGUCCAAUGUAACCAAGCCGCUGGCCUGGCGCAUCACGCAGCUUCGCAAGGCCUGGUGGAUGUUCGAGGACAACAAGGAGCGCAUCGUCGAGGCACUCAAGAAGGACCUCAACAAGCAUCGGCAAGAGGCGCUGCCCGUUGACGUUGCUGGCGUCCAGGCCGCCAUUCUCGAGGCCCUCAAGCACAUCAAAGCCUGGAACGCCGACGAGCGGCCCGCCCGCACCAACCCGCUCAAUCUGCUCGGCGGUGCCCGCAUCCGCCGCGAGCCCAAGGGCGUCGCCCUCAUCGUCUCGGCGUGGAACUACCCCUUUAUGGAGCUGUUUGAGCCCAUGACCGCCGCGCUCGCCGCCGGCUGCGCCAUCAUCCUCAAGCCCUCGGAGCUGGCGCCCGCGUCGCAGGACCUCAUUGCCAAGAUUGUCCCCAAGUACCUUGACCAGGACGCCGUGCGCGUCGUCACCGCGGGGCCGGCCGAGAUGAACCAUCUCCUGGGCAAAAAGUUUGACCACAUCUUCUUUACCGGCUCCACCGUCGUCGGCAAGAUUAUCGCCGCCCGCGCGGCGCCCAACCUGACAACCACCACGCUGGAGCUCGGCGGCCGCGGCCCGGCCAUUGUCACGGCCAACGCCAACAUCGACCUCGCGGCCAAGCGCAUCGCCAACAUCAAGUUUCUCAACUCGGGCCAGGUCUGCGUCGGCGUCAACCACGUCUUUGUCGAUCCCAAGGUCAAGGCGCCCUUCCUCAAGGCGCUCACCAAGUACUUUAACCAGUACCUCGGCGGCAGCUCCGUCACCAACCCGGGCUACGUCACCAACAUCGUCAACGACCGCCACUACAACCGCCUCGAGGGCCUGCUCGAAAAGUCGUCGGGCAACAUCAUUUACGGCGGCGACCGCGACCCGGCGACGCGCUACUUUUCGCCCACCGUCGUCGACAACGUCACCACCGACGACUCGCUGCUCUCCGAGGAGCUCUUUGGCCCGAUCCUGCCCAUCCUCGACGGCACGCUCGACGAGGCCAUUGCCUACACGUCCGCGCACGACCACCCGCUGUCGCUCUACGGCUUCACCGACUCGCGCGCCGAGCAGCGCGCCAUCCUCGACCGCACCAACUCGGGCGGCGUCACCUUCAACGACGGCAUCCUGCACAUGGCCAUGAAGGACGCGCCCUUUGGCGGCGUCGGCGGCUCCGGCACCGGCGCCUACCACGGCAUCUACGGCUUCCGCGAGUUCACCCACCUCCGCACCGUCGCCUCCAUCCCCGGCUGGAUGGAUGGCCUUCUUUCGUUCCGCUACCCGCCCUACACAAACGCAAAGGCGAUUGCCCAGAUCAAGGCCACAGGCGCCGGCGGCGCCGUCUCGUUUGAUCGCGAGGGACGGUCCACAACGUCGGUGCUCGGUCGCAUCCUCGGCCAGUGGAAGCUGCUGGUGCUCUUGGCUGUGGUUCUCAAGUGGCGCGGCUGGACUGUCGAGGACGUGCGCAGCCUGUUUGGAUGA